GAAUUUGACAUCGUUUAUGAUACUAAAUUAUUCUCCUGUUAAUCGUAAAUGUUAUUUUACUAUAUCGUUUGUUGCUUUUAGAGUAGCAUGUAAAACAGGGUUUAAUUAUAGCAGCUAAACAGACAGAAAAACUAUCUAAAUCUGGCUAUCCGCAUAUGUCAUAAAGAUGCAAAUGCCCCGUAAAGAAAUGAUAAUCAUUAGCUGAACAAUAAUGUUUAAAAGAAUUCUGAUUAGAUGACAGCCUAGGGUUUAGAUGAGUGUACACCUAAGAAAGCCUUUAGCCCAUACCAUUAAAUUAAAUAUUUGUUUACAAGUACAGUACAUCGAGUGUUUUUAAGCGUGCUUAGUCGAUUUUCAUAACAGUACUAGGGCAUCACUAACUUGGUCUUCAGGCACUCCAUUAAAGUAGGUCUGCCUGAUUCAGAUUUGAAAGUUUCUCGCGGCGGUUUACUGAAAACACUGCCGUGAAAUUAUAAGGUAAAUAAAGUGACACCGAUCGCAUACAUAUUUGUAGCAACGUCUAGGAAUGUUUAAAUACAACUUAAUAUAAAAUACACUCGCAGUAAGAUGCUGCUCGAAUACCGCGCCUAGACAGCCACACUCAAGAUGUCGCUCGAGCUCUGAUUGGCCAAGAGUGCCGUCUGUAUGCCAGCUUGGCCGGAACUGGCCGGUUGUCUGGUAGCAUGCUAGUGUGUGGCGAGAGCGCUCCCCUUAGUAACAGUGUGGAGGAGGGUGAGGUAAUACUGAGAAGAUUCUUCUGCACUGAGACGGACGCCGAACGAAAUAUAUUUGAGCAGACGGCUAGGCGUCUGCGUCUAGUGUUUUAUCUCUUUUCUCCUGCGAGUGAGAAGGGGCAGCUGGCCGAGUGCGGAAUACACUUUGCUUAUACAUACCCGGUAUAAAGUCGCCGUGGUUACUUACAGCUUUCCAACUUUCCCUGUUCAUACAAGUCGCUGUCGUACCUCCCAGUCGUUUCAGUCAUGUCCACAGGAGGUGAUUUCGGCAACCCGCUGAGGAAAUUUAAACUGGUCUUCCUGGGCGAACAAAGCGUGGGGAAGACUUCAUUGAUCACAAGAUUCAUGUAUGACAGUUUUGAUAACACCUACCAGGCAACAAUAGGAAUAGAUUUCUUAUCGAAAACAAUGUACCUUGAAGACAGAACAGUGCGGUUGCAGUUAUGGGAUACGGCAGGGCAGGAACGGUUCAGGAGCUUGAUUCCUAGCUACAUUCGUGACUCAACUGUUGCAGUUAUUGUCUAUGAUAUAACAAAUGUAAACUCUUUCCAACAAACAACAAAAUGGAUUGAUGAUGUGAGAACAGAGAGAGGAGGUGAUGUAAUCAUCAUGUUGGUGGGAAACAAAACAGAUCUUGCAGAUAAAAGGCAAAUAACUACUGAAGAAGGAGAGCAAAGAGCCAAAGAGCUGAAUGUUCUCUUUAUUGAAACAAGUGCAAAGACAGGCUACAAUGUUAAACAGCUUUUUCGACGUGUAGCAGCUGCCUUGCCUGGAAUGGAAAGCACACAAGAUAAAAGCAGAGAAGACAUGAUUGAUAUAAGACUUGAGAAGCCCCCAGAACAACCAGUCAGCGAGGGAGGCUGCUCAUGUUAAUGCUGUUGAUCUGAUUGUUUGUUUAUCUUUAUUUUCAUUAAAUGCCACUGCUACUCAUUUCCAUUGGCUGCAGUGUGAAUAUCAGCUUGUAACUUUUUCACUUAGUGUUUAAAAAAAAAUUAAAAAAAACAAACACCAGGUUUUAUUCUGCCUGUCUCCUUAGCUUAACAGGAACAAUAAGAUAACUUUAUACUAUGAAAAACAAACUGCAGAAUGGCAAGUCUUUCCAGCAGGCUUCACUUUUGUUAAGUGAUGCAUUCAAUUUUUCAGCUUUAUAUUACAGAAAUGUACUUUUAAAAGUUGGAACACAGUUGUGUUUUUCAGAGAGGUUCAUGUAUCUGUACGGUCUACUGUAUAGAACUUAAUCAUUCUGCACCAUUACUUUACUGAACUCAAAACAAGACAGCAGGCAUUAACUUAAUUAAAAAGAAUGUGUAAAUAUGUAACCCUUCUGAUCAGAAUAAUCAGGAGAUAUACUGUAUGAGUGAAUUCAUUCUCAUGCCUAAGAACCAAGUUACCAUUUCACAGGUAAUUUGGAAUUCUUCUUUUUGUUUUACUUACUUUUGAUCCUUUAGAUUUUUUUGUGAAGAGGGUCCAAAAUUUUGUUUGAAAUUCUUUUGGGUGCAGCGAAGGAAUGCAUUAGGAAUGUAACCAAUUAAAUAAAGUGUUUUAACUCUUUAAUCAAGAAGUGUGGCAUGCUGAUUCACAAUUCUAGAAUGGAAAACACUUCAAGCUGUCAGAAUAUUUAAAGUUUUAAACUCUUAUGAAAAAAUUAAAGUGAGUUUCUUAUAGAGAGUUAAAUCUUGAUAAUAUUUUUUAUUUUUACACUUGUUAAGGAAUGUGUCAUCAUGAUACUAAACGUUAUGCAGACAUGCCUUUUUAAUUUAAACAUUUUCUUAGAGCUUCCACAGUUUUGUUUUUACGAUUGUUUAGUUACAAUUAGCCUAACUGUAUAGUAUAGUUCAUUAAAUUAAACCCUGGUUCUGUACUGUUUAUUUCUGCAGAUGAAUGCUUUAUGUAUUUUUUUUAUUUCUAUAAGCUGAAAUACACAUUUUUAUUUUCUACAUGACCAUAGAUUUAGCUUUUUCAUCUUCCUUAAAGCCAUUACAAAUGGUACCUUGUAAUUCAUUGUGUUUUCAUGUGCCGUUUUAAACCUCCAUAUCCUGUUGUAGAAUAUACUGAAAAUGUCUGUUGUAUAGUAUUUUACAGAUCUGAUACAUUUUAACCACAGCAAUUACUUGGAUGUCAUAUUUGCACUACCUUUCAUGUAGUGACACAAACAGGCACAUAAGCACUCACACAGUUUGUUUGUUAGGUUAGCCAACAUAUUGAAUAAAUUUGGGUUACUGGUUCAUUGCUUUUGUCCUGAUGCAAAAAUUUGUUAGCCUUGAUCUCAAAUUUAAAAACACAGCUUUUUUUCAUCUUGCUUACUGGAACUUUCAGUGUUUUUGAAAUCUCAGCUACUCACUUGCUUAAGGUUUUUAACAAUAUUCAGCUUCUUAACUUAUUGUUUUAUUACACAACAUGUGGUGGCUUUGGUUUCCUAUGCAGAAUUGUGUAAAGUUUUGCUACUUUUUUGUACAUUGCUGAAAGCAAAAAAGAUAAACUGUGAGGAAAUAUAGUUUUUGUGUAGCGUAAAAACACUACUGAUGUUUAUCUCAGUCUUACUUUGCAUUUAGCACAGUUUGCUGCCUACUCUAAAGCAUGACGUUUAAGUAUGUUUUUCUGUUAAAAAGGUUGAGCCUGUAAUAAUUUAGCUUUCAAAAUAAUUAUUUUGAGAGCAUGUUUCAGAGAAUACAAAUUAUUUCUUUUUAAGCAAAAAACUAGGUGCUCAAAAUUCCAUUUUACACUGGUAUCCUCUGUUUUACAUCUAGUUGUUUUUGUGGCAUAGGCAGUUUGUAUUGGCUAAAUAUUGCACUGUAACAUACCAAAGGAAAGAAGAUUGGUUAGAAGAACAUACAAAAGCAAACUGCAUUUAGGAUGGCAAUUUAAUUUGUUCAGCUAACCCCUUUAUUAAAAGUGCAGUUUUUCCAUAUUCCUGGAGUUUAAACACUGACAUGUUAAUUGUCGUGCACAUGGAUACAGAAUCUCAGUGGUGAGUGUAAACCCUGAAUCUCUUUGGGUUUAGACUUAAUGCUGGCAGGCUACAUUGACAAUGUUGUCAUAUACUUGGGUUGGAAAAUAAGAAGGUAAAAAAGCAUGUUUAAUUACUGUCUAAAUGCAUCAGGUGUGAUAAAAAAAUCACCAGUGCAAAAGCAGUUAAAUGUCAAAGACAGACUGGGCAUCUGUUUUCGAGCAGUGGUGGGAGUUUUGAAACAGACAUAUUUUUGACUUGACUGUUGAAUUUUGUGCAACUGUUUGUCCUUUUAUGUAUGUCUUUUUAAAAAGGAGGAUGAGCAUUAACCAGAAGUACUUUGAAGAAAGUAGAUUUUGGCUUUGAAACAAAAGUACCUCAUCCUCUUAUUUCAUAAUGUUAAUACCCAAAGCCUGAAAAAUAAAACACCUAAUGUACCCACUCAA